UACCCUGGCGACGGGUAGCUAGCAGCUCGUCUCGGGCGCACUUUAGCCAUCCAGUCAGUCUGUCGGUGGACUGGAAGCUCCCCGCUCGCAGGGGCACCGCUCCGCCGUCAGCGGGUGGACGCCAAGGGGCCCGCUCGGGGCUAAUACCUCGCAAUUAAUAACCGGAGGGGCGUGGCCUACUCAGUGACAUCAGGAGCUGGAGUCGGGUUGGCCGGCGACGCCGGCCAUGCGGCGAGGGGUCCGCCGCUCGACGGGAGCCAGCCGCUGGCCACGCCCCCCUCCGCCCGAUCGCCGCGAGCCUUUGACUCCGUGAAGAGCCGUGACGUCGGUGAUGUCAUGAAUAAAUUUGAGGUCCUUGGGAUUGUGGGUGAAGGCGCCUACGGUGUUGUUCUCAAGUGCAGGCACAAGGACACCAAUGAAAUUGUGGCGAUAAAGAAAUUCAAAGACAGUGAAGAAAAUGAGGAAGUCAAAGAAACGACACUGCGGGAGCUCAAGAUGCUGCGAACCCUCAAGCAGGAGAACAUCGUGGAGCUCAAAGAGGCGUUCCGGCGGCGAGGGAAGCUCUACCUGGUCUUUGAGUACGUGGAGAAGAACAUGCUUGAGCUGCUGGAGGAGCUGCCCAACGGCGUGCCCACGGAGAAGGCCCGGAGCUACAUCUACCAGCUCAUCAAGGCCAUCCACUGGUGCCACAAGCAUGACAUUGUUCACCGGGAUAUCAAGCCGGAGAACCUCCUCAUCAGCUCCGACGACGUGCUCAAGUUGUGCGAUUUCGGCUUCGCACGGAAUCUCUCCGAGGGGACGGACGCCAACUACACGGAGUACGUGGCCACGAGGUGGUACCGCUCUCCGGAGCUCCUGCUCGGGGCGCCGUACGGCAAGGCGGUGGACAUGUGGUCGGUGGGCUGCAUCCUGGGCGAGCUGAGCGACGGGCAGCCCCUGUUCCCGGGCGAGAGCGAGAUCGACCAGCUCUUCACCAUCCAGAAGGUUCUGGGGCCUCUCCCCCCCGAGCAGAUGAAGCUCUUCUACAGCAACCCCCGCUUCCACGGGCUGAGGUUCCCAACUGUAAACCACCCACAAACACUGGAGCGCAGAUACCUGGGAAUCAUCGGCGGAGCCGUGUUGGACCUGCUCAAGAGUCUUCUCCUGCUCAACCACGCCGAGCGCUUCCUGACGGAGCAGAGCCUCAACCACCACGCCUUCCAGAACCUGCGGCUGGCGGAGCGGCCCGGGCCCCCCACGCCCACGCCGGUGCGCUCGUCCAAGAGGAAGCCCCACCACGGCGACACCACCCCCAGCAGGAGUCACGGCCUGAAGAGCUCCGGCAGCCAUCGCUCCACCACGCGCGACUGCUCCAGCUUGCCGCGCCACGAAGAACUCCACCCGGGCAGCAACAGCAGCGAGGGCGGCGGCGCCGGCGGCUUCCUGAACGGGAACCUGCCGGCGCCCAUCAACCUGAGCCCCACGCUGCACCCAAAGAGCUACCCGCCGCAGAUGUUCAACCACUCCGCCUCGUGCGGCGUGGACCUGCCCCACCUCCUCAGCCCGGCCGAGCCCGACGUCGGCCCGGGCCCCAAAGGCUCGGACGGUCCCGGGGCCAAGUACCUCAAGUCCAACUUCCGCUUGCAGCAGCACCGGCACUCCUUCGUCGAGGGCAAGACCAGCACCCUCCAGUCGGGGGAGAAGCACGGCCGCCGCGGCUACGUGGAGGCCCCCGCCCCCAAGUUCUCUUACCUGAACUUGUCCAAGAGCUACGGCACGCUCAGCGACGCCAAGUCGGUCGGCAACUUGAACGACGUGCACCUGUACGCCGACGAGCCCGCCGCCCGCUACUUCCCCUCCAGCUGCCUGGACCUGACGGCGCCCAGCAGCCCGGCGGUGCGGCGGGCGGACCGCCGGGGGAGCACGCGCGAGAGCAACACCCUCGACUCUUCCUACCGACGCCCGUCCGCCCGCCGCAAGGAGUCGCCGGACGGGCCGGACCCGAGCGAGGGUGGUGGCGGCGGAGAGAGGAGCCACGCCCACUCCCUGUCGGCCCCGCACGAGCCUUACGCUCAGGGUUACAGCAGCCCCUUCUCGUCCCAGCAGAGGCCCCACCGUCAUUCCAUGUACGUCCGGCGGGACCACCAGAGGACUCACGGGGGCGACGACGGGCUGCUGGUGGGGCAGGGGGUGCCCACCCGCGCCAGCAGCCUGCAGCUACUGUCGCCGCAGCUGCAGCACCGCACGCUGCCUCGCCACUCGGCCUCCAGGGAGGAGGACAUGAGCCGGAGUGAUCAGGCCCCCGCCGAGGCGGCCCCUCACGCCAAAGCCCCAAACGGGGACUCCGCCAGGGACAACUUUCACGCGCAGAGGCAAAAAAGCGAGGUGGGCCUUUAUCACGAGCCUCAGGCUGAAGACGGCGGCGGCGGCGGCGCCUCCUCCAAGGAGAACCGCAACAUCUACAGCGAGUCCAUGCCCCGCAAGGUCGGAAGCUUCUACAGAGUCCCUUCUCCUCGGCCAGACAACUCCUUCCACGACGGCCGCCCUCAGGCCCGGGGCUCGGGCAUGGCGGGCGACGCCGGCAGCCUGGCCAACCACUCCAAACGUCAGCCGGCCUUUGACCCCUGGACGGGCCCGGACACCUUGGUGCUGAAUACCGCCGAGCCGUCCAAGGAGAAAGAGAAGCAGGGUUUCUUCAGAGCAAUAAAGAAGAAGAAGAAAAAGCCUCAAAUGGUCCCCAGCGAGGAGGCGGUCCUGCAGAAGUCGUCGCGCUCCCACCAGAGCGGCCGCCACCGGAGCCGCGACAAGAGUCGCGAGCGCCAGCGGGACAAGGACUGGGCCGACAAGAUCGCCGAUUCCCACUCGCCGAGCCAACCGCUGAAGUCGCUGCGCAAACUCCUGCACCUCUCUUCGUCCUCGUCCAACCAGGCGGCGGCGGCGGCGGCCGACAUGCGCUACCAGGCGCUGCCCGGCCCCGCCCCCGCCCCCCAGGGGGCCUUCUCCGAGGCGAGGGGCCACCCGGGGGUCAACACGCCGCAGAUGAAGGGCAGACAGUCGGCCUACGCCCAGCUGGAGCCCGGCUGGCACGCGGGCAACCCGUACCCCGAACAGAUGGCCGUCAAGGGGGGCCAGAACGGGCACGGCUUCGGGCGCCCCUCCAGGUCCCGCGUGGCCAACCUCAACGACCUGAAGGAGACGGCGCUGUGAACCCGGACCGCACGGGAAGUACAGAACUCAGUGACGCCUCCGGGACAGACAACCCCCCCCCCCCCCCCCCCCCCCCCCCGACACGUCCCGACACAUAUUUGAAACGUACGCGUUUACAUUCACAACGGGUGGAAAUCAUCAAGUAAAAUGUAAGCGACACAGACGCGCGCGCACUAAAAAAACAAACAAAAACACACACCUGCACAGUGCACCGCUUGCAAAGUGGAGGCCGAAAGCCUUCGUGUCUUCAUGUUUUUUAAAGGCUUCCAACGUUUGAUACUUUAUAUGAUGACUUCAUUUGUAUUAUAAUAAUAUUACAACUUGAAGAUAGAAAUAUAUAUAAAUAAAUGGUUAGAUUCAAGUGUAUUUUUAGUUUGAACUGAGUAGAAGAAUUAUAUUUAGUUGUAAAAGGCGUGGUAUUUCUUUUGAGGCCAGUCCCGUCGGCACGGUAACGUCACGUGGCAUUAUUGUAACGCAAUGCGCGCGCACAUCAGCUGACUUGACAAUCGAUUUCAAUGACAUUUGAUUUGUCCUCAUCGUAACCCAUUCCUGUACAGUUUCUGGGCUUAUUAUCAUUAUCAUUAUUAUGAUUAUUAAUAUGAAAAAGAAACGCCCUGUUUUGAAAGUAGCUUAGCGGGGACAGUCCACUUUGUAAAUUCUGCCCGGCGACAAGACUUAUGGGAGGAAAAGCGCGUAUUAUAUUAAUACUAGUAGUGUGAGAGCCCUUGUCGCCUACUAUUUCCUCAAGCGCACACACACACACACACAUUCAUAUUUGUUUAUGGGCGUGCCAAAGUAAACAAAAGUGUUAACAUUUGGGAUUUUGUUACUCACACAUUUGUAGCACAGGCCAUCUUGCGGAAGACAAAUGUGACAUAUUCAUGUUUACAUAUGUAUGUAACACGAAAUCUCAAAUAAACUGCUUUCAUUUGA